GCGCUGGCGUCGCGGGGCAGCGGCGCGGGCGCGCGGGGCGGGCGGGGCGGCCGCCCGUCAUCAGUGUGAGCCGGCGCGCGCCGCCGCCGCCAUGGGCAACCAGCAUUCCGGGGCCAACGCUGCACACAAACCGAGGAAGAACGUCCAUUGGAAGUCAGCAGGAGCGCCCGGGCGGCCGGGGCGGCCCGAGGCGGCGCCGGCGGGCGAGGAGGCGCACGCGGCUGCCGUGCGCUGGGCGGGCGCGGGCGACGGCGGCGCGCCGCUGCUGGGCUACCAGCUGGAGUGCCGGCGCGACGCGGGCCCCUGGCUGCGCACGCAGCCGCCGCUCGUGCCGCGCCCCGAGCUCGUGCUCACGGAUCUCGUGCCGCCGCACACCUACCGCUUCCGCGUCGCCGCAAUCAACGCCGUGGGCCAGUCGCCAUACAGCGAGGAGUCGGAGCCCUACACGACCGCCAGCCAGCGCGCGCCGCUGUUCCACGCGCCGCUCGCCGACGUCACCGCGCUCGAGAAUGAAAAGACCGAGUUCCGCGUGUCGUUCGUGGGCUCGCCGCCGCCCACCGUCGCCUGGUUCAAGGACGGCUACGAGAUCUUCAGCAGCCGCCGCACCGCCAUCACCACGGACGACUGCAGCAGCGUGCUGGUGUUCCACCAGACGCUACCGAGCGACGAGGGCGAGAUCAAGUGCACGGCCACCAACCGCGCCGGCCACGCCGUCACCAAGGCGCGCCUGGCGCUGGAGGCGGCGCCGCAGCUGCGCUACCCGCGCCAGUACGAGAACGGCCUGCUCUACGAGAUUAACGAAACUAUUCUACUGAAGACGUCGAUAGUCGGCAAGCCGGCGCCGAGCAUCGAGUGGCGGCACGACGGGCAGCCGCUGGCGAGCGGGCCGCGCGUGGAGGUGGUCACGCGGCCCGACGUCACCACGCUCAAGAUCUCGGCGGCGCAGCGCGGCGACCGCGGCGAGUACCAGGUGGUGGCGCGGAACAGCAUCGGCGAGGACUCGGCCGCCUUCCUGGUGACGGUGACGGCGCCGCCCGAGCCGCCGCGCCGCGUGUCCGUCGCGCGCCAGCUCGACAAGUCCGUGACGCUGGCGUGGCAGCCGCCCGAGGACGACGGCGGCUGCCGCGUGCAGAACUACGUGGUGGAGUACUACCGCGCCGGCUGGGACGUGUGGCUCAAGGCCACCACGAGCCGCAAGACCAGCGUCACGCUGUUCGACCUGAUCGAGGGCAGCGAGUACCGGUUCCGCGUGAAGGCGGAGAGUCCGUACGGCAUGAGCGCGCCCAGCGAGCAGUCGGCGGCCGUGCGCGUACCGGGCCGCGCCGUGGACAUGGAGUGCCUGGCCGCUGAGGCGCGCAUCAUCAGCUCCACGCUGGCGCGCGAGGAGGCGCCGCCCGCGCCCGCCUCCACCACCUUCAACGCCAUACCGCCGCAGUCGCUGGCCCCCGCGUCGCCCGCGCCGGCCCCCGUGUCGCCGGCGCCGCGCCGCCGCCGCGCCCAAACCACCCCCGCCCCUGCCCCGGCCCCUGCGCCGCAGCCGCCGCCCCCACCCCCUGCGCGGGCCGCCGAGCCCGCCCCCCGCCAGCAGGAUGACGAGUUCAUGCUGGUCCUCUAUCCAGACGCAAAGGAUUCAAAGUAUACCGCAGAAGAUAAAGCAGAGAAGCGGAAGUCUUUCCAACUGGAUCUGGAGGACGCGCUGUCGCCGCCGCCGCUGUCGUUGUCGGCGCCGGACCUGACCGCCCGCGGCCCGCCGCCCUUCCCCGCGCUGCGCCACGCCUGCAGCUCCACCGAGCUGCUGCACGAGCGGGCCAUGGCGCGCUUCUACCGAGCCGUGGCGUUGCAGGAGCAGCGCCAGCACCCGCCCCCCCGCGCGCCCAGCGAGGACACCGUCGUCGUCACCCCCGCCAGCCACAAGGCGCCCGAGAUCAUCAUCAAGUCAGACUCCGUCGAGGACCGGGAGUACGUCUACUCGUCGCGCCAGGCCUCACAGGAGAAGGAGGACAACAGAUGGAACUCGUUCGACGAGGACUACACGGCGAGCACGGCCACGUCGGACGAGGACGAGGACGAGGGCGGCAGCCUGGCGGACGAGCGCCGCUACAGCGAGGAGGAGGAGCCCUACAGCCCGCGCGGCAAGCUCGCCUCGCCCUCGCCCGAGCCUCCGCGCGCGCCGCUCAAGCCGCUGCCGCUGCCCGACCCCAACUUCGUGCCCAAACCCAUCCUCAAACGACGCGGCUCCGACAUCGUCGAACCACCCAAAAUCGAGGAGGAGAAACCGCCGCCCCCACCCGAAGAGAAACCCAAAAAAGACGAAAAACUAACAAUAUUCAAGAAAAUCACCAAAAUGCCGAAACAGAAAAUUCCUUUCCCGAAGUUACUGAGCAAAAAGGAACCCGCGAAAAUACCCGAGAAAAAGGAGGAAGAAGUGCAAAAGACGGCUAAAACUAACGCCGUUCAAGACAAAGUCAGCGAAGAGGGAAGAACCGUCAUAGAUUAUUACAGUAAUAUAGUUAAGGAAUACGGUGGACAGAAGAAGCCGACGACCCAUCUUUAUCUUAAAACGGAAGAGUUAAAGUCUGCAGCAGAAAAACAACAACAGGAAAGAAAAGCGAAAGUUGUGACCAAGACUAAGAAGGCAGCUGCAGUUAAACCCGCCGCCAAUUCUAUCAAAGCAGCCGCGCCCAAAUCGAAAGCCGUGAACUCGGUCACGAAAGCUGUCAACUCCGUGGCGAAAGACAAACAGCUGAAGCCUGCUCAGAAACAGAAGAGCGACGAGAAAGAUAAGGUAGACGAGAAGCCCAAGCUGAAGCGGAGAGUGGUCGCGCCGGCGGCUGGGGCGGAGGAGGCGCGGGGCGGGGAGGGCGUGCAGCAGAUCGUGUUGCGCACGGCCGAGCGCGCCACCGUGGUGACCAUCGACUACUCGGAGCUGGAGGCGCGCGCGCAGCGCACCGUGCGCUCCGCCAUCGACCACCUGGUGGACGGCUGCCUGCUGCUGCUCGCCUUCUGGCUCUACGUGUUCGAGGACGAGCGGCUGGCCAUCCCGCCGCUGGCGCUCAUCAUCUGCCGGCAGUGCGAGUCGUGGCUGCGGGGCGCGCCCGCCGCGCUGCGCCGCCUGCUGCCGCGCCGCCCCGCCUGACCCCACCCGCCGUGCGAUGACUGAAUACUGUGUGCAAUGUGUGAACUUGUGAUUAACUAUGUAAUUUUAAUAUCUGUGUACUUGUAACUUUGAUUGUUCUUAAAUAAAAAUAUUACAAUUGAAAAUCCAA